AUGAUCCUCGCGACGACGUCCGCGGCGGCGACGACGCGCGUCGCCGCGAAGCUCGGAGGCGCGCGCGCGCGACGGCGCUCGUCGCGGUCGUCGGAGGUGGUGGCGAGGCGGAGGGACGCCGGGGCUUUCGGUCGUCGCCGACGGAGCGAUCGCGCGACGCGUCGCCGCGCGAGCGAGGGCGAGAACGAGACCACCGAGCCCUCGCCGUCGAGCGCGUCGGACGAGGAAGCGAAAGCGGAGGAGCUGCGUGAGACGCUGAAGGCGACGGAGAAGGAGGUGAGCAGCCCGAGCGGCGGACCCGCGCGGUUCGGGGACGUGGACUUAAAGGGCGGCAAGUACGGCUUCGGGGAACAGAUCGACGACGCGUUAGACGCGACGACGAACCCGGACGCGUUCUUGAUCGGCGGGUUCGCGCUCGUCAUCGGCGCCGCGAUCUUGUUCGCCUUAGGUCCUCGUCCGCCGUCGGACUACUACGGGUAUUAG